UUUUUUUGUCUCUUAUGAGACACUCAACUGACACCUCGCAGUCAGUUCCACUCAAACUGCACGAACAGGCAAGAUAAAGGUAUGCGGCUUUACAGCGAUAUGUUCCUGGUGAAUCUCUGCCUGUGUGCCGGCCUCAUGCUGUCCCUCCCCUGGUGCAGUGAUCAGAUAUGCACCGCAGGGACAGCCAGCCAGUGCAAAGAGGCAGAUUUUGCUCCAGGCACCAACUUGGCAGGCGAAGGCUUCGACAUCACCAAAAUGAAGCGUAAAGGAGCCUAUGUGAUCAACAUGAACCUGUGGCAACGCAAGGACAAGACAUGCACCCUGUGUACCAACCCCUACCAGGAGGGCCGAAAGCAGAAGCUGCCCUUGUCGGUGUUGGACUGGAGACCGACGCAGGAGUGCGGCAUGACAGUGUCGAGUAAACUCCACAGAUCCAGUGAGUCCCUGGUCAGUGCCAGCACCUCCGCUGUGAAUAACGACUGGAAGGCGAAUCUAGAAGUCACCAAGGGGGACAGGAGCGCUUCACUGAUUCUGGGCGGCACUCAGUCGAAACUGGCUGAAUACUCCAUGGAUAAAACCAAGAAUGACAAGUUCAGUUUCACAACGCACAGCAUGUCCUGUGGGUACUACAGCUACCGAGUGUCCAGCAGGCCCAAGCUGCACCGGGAAUUCGUCUUAGCGCUGAAGAAACUCCCCAAGACUUACUGCCCUGAAAACAAACAACGAUACUACAAGCUGAUUGACACCUUUGGAACCCAUUACCUCACCAAGGUGCAGCUGGGAGGAAGUGUCCAGUCUGUGACCAGCAUCAGGCAGUGCCAGGCCAGGCUGCAGGGCCUCAGUGUGGAGGAGGUGGAGAUGUGCCUGGAGGUGGAGGCGUCCGCCAGCGUUGGUGGCGGCUCCAUGAAAACUGAAGCAAAACACUGCAAAAAGGACACCGAAAAGACAGAGAGCAAGACCAGCUUCUCCAGCAUGUUCAGCGACAGGUUCACAGAAAUAAAGGGCGGCCACACCACAGAGCCGGAGCUUCUCUUCUCCGCCGACAAAGAUCCAUCAGCCUACAAGGAGUGGCUGAACUCCCUGCCCCAGAAUCCAGACAUAAUCUCAUAUUCUCUGGACUCCCUUCAUGAGCUGCUGCCUACCAACACCGCUCUUCGGAGGAACAUGCGCUCGGCCAUCAGCCAUUACAUCCUGGAGAAAGCCCUGUGGAGGAACUGCAGUGGGCACUGCCAGGCAGGCAUCAAGAGCGGGAAGGAUUCCUGUGUCUGCAGCUGCCACAAUGACCCUGCUGUCGGCGAAGACUGCUGCCCGACCCGCAGGGGCAUGGCACGGGUCAUCAUCACCGUGCAGCGAGGGGAGGGACUGUGGGGUGACCACACCACUAAGACGGAUGGCUACGUGAAGGUGUCCUUCAAAGGGGUGAUGAUCAGACGCUCCUCUGUCAUUUACAACAACGACAACCCCACAUGGGCCAUGACCAUCGACUUGGGCAGCCAAGAUUUGUCAAGUCGGCCAAAUGUCAGAUUUGAAGUGUGGGAUGAGGACAACAAGUGGGACGACGACCUCCUGGGGGAAUGCGAGCGAGUCCUGGGCGCUGGAGUGAAGGAGGACCUGUGUAACCUCCAGCAUGGCCGCCUCUACUUCAAAUGGGAGGUGAGGUGCGCUCCGAGUCUGAGCGGACCCACAUGCAGCGACUAUAAACCCUCCCCUAUGAGUCAAAGCCUGCGGAGUGUGUAUGUGUCCCGUCAUGCCCACCCCGUUCCAAAGAAAAUCCUGAAAGAGAUGGGCGUGUUUGUGGAUGAAUCGAGCUCACACAGCAACCAGAGUGUUACUGCCACAAGUCCACAGACUGGUGUGCUGUGAGCUCCAGUGUACAAAUGAUCAGUGAAACUUGCUUUUUUUCAUAUAAUGUGCAGAUGAGAUAAAUUUAGCAAAAAAAAAAAGUCAUUAUUCUUUACUAGCUUUCCUUACAAUAUAUUCAAAACAUGAAUGAAAGCAGCAGAAUUCAUCUUCCAAAAAGGACUCUGAACCGAUUUGGAAAUCAUUUAAUUGCUUCUCUAAUAAUUUAUGCAGCUGCAUGUUUGUGCCUGAUCUUUAACAGGACGGCAAACCAAGCAAGCAGCAUCUUAAAAUGUCUGCAUUGUAAUGUAUGUGUGUGUAGUGUUUUGUGUAAUUGUUCAUUCAUUGCAGACUUUGCUUACGACAGAGAAGGGAGGAGGUACAGCUUCCUGCUUUUUGAUGCCGUGCAAGGGAGCAGUGUGUGACGGCGAAAAGCCAUAAAACGCUUUGACUCAGAGACUCUGUUUUUCACUGUGACAUGUUUGUUAUUUGCAGAUUCGAGGGGAUUAAAGAGCAUGUCGUAUUAUACAAGUGGUUUUAACAUUCGCUCUUUAUUAUAAGCAUUACUGACAUGAGCUGGUGUGUCUUAACGCCUAAGUAUUGUACCUAAAACUUUGCAAC